AGAAACCGAAGCAAAAGAGAGCACGGGGCACCACCAUCCUCGCCACCGAACCCUCCUGAGACAGCGCUCCAGAUCCGGCGGCCGGUGGCGUCCUCCCCCUGCUCCCGCCCACCCCAACCAACGGCGCUGAUCUCCGUCGCAAAAAGGGUUUGCCAUGUCGGAAGGGGACUUCGCGCCGGAGAUCGGCGGAGGGAAGGAGCAGGACCGGUUCCUGCCGAUCGCCAACAUCGGGCGAAUCAUGCGCCGCGCGGUGCCGGAGAACGGAAAGAUCGCCAAGGACGCCAAGGAGUCUCUCCAGGAGUGCGUCUCCGAGUUCAUCAGCUUCAUCACCAGCGAAGCGAGUGACAAGUGCAUGAAGGAGAAGCGCAAAACCAUCAACGGGGACGACCUGAUCUGGUCCAUGGGCACGCUCGGCUUCGAGGACUACGUCGAGCCCCUUAAGCUCUACCUCAAGCUCUACCGGGAGGUAUCUCUCUCAAAUCUCCCUAUUCUUUCGCUGGGCUUGUUUACUCUUGUAGUGUUUGUUGUUACCCGGUUUUUAGCCUGUUUGCGUUACGCAUGUGCACUGCUACGGCACGCACAAUGUGGGUCAUUAGGAGGUCCAACUUGGACUUGGUGCUAGCUCUGUGUGUCCAAUGUUUGUUUGCAGUCAUCGGCACAUACAUUUGCUUAAGCUACUGCUAGGCAAGCAAGAGCGAUGUAACUAGACAUACUGAUGCUGAUGGGGGCUGUGGAUUGGUUGUGUCAUGUUUGAUUCAUGCAAAAGGAGGCUGUUGAUGUGUGUACUCAUCAAGGUCCGAUCUUGACUUUAGUGUUUGUUACACGGGGUCACAUGGGUUGGUGUGAACUUUGUCAACUGUAGGAUGGUGCGUUACUGGAAUAAACAUUCCUGGAUCUAAAGAAUGCACAUUUAGAGUUACCCUGUCUUUAUUGGCAAUGAGGUGACAAAAUACGAGCUUACUCAUCUAAAAUUGUCCUUGUUUUCCAACUGAAAGCAUCUGGAUGCCUGUUAGUUGUGAAAUUGUCAGGUUAUCAAUUAGACUGCUGAACAAAUGGUCUCCUCAAUUUCAGCUUGGCAAAGUUAUAGAUCUUCUGAAUGUCAGUGAAGUUGUUAUUGUGCGCGCAUCUGAGCAUUUGUGUUUGUUUGUUCUUUUCGUGCAUUUCCCUCCAAACUUAUCGUUACCUAUAGAAUUAACUUGUUCCUUAUUGAAUAUUUUUUUUGUAUGCUGAUGGAUUGUUUCUGCUUUCGCCAUGGACAACGAAUGCUCACUGUUCAUUAACCUUGAUGUCAUUGAAGAUGGAGGGUGACACAAAGGGUUCGAAAUCUUCUGAUCAGACAGGAAAGAAAGAGAUUUUACUCAAUGGUGAACCUGGAUCAUCGUUUGACGGCAUCCAGGAUGGAGGACGGUGAUAGUGAUUGGCGCAUAAAUUUCAUUUGGUUGAACAUAUUGUGCCGUAGCUGUUAGAUGGCACAUAUGGGGAGAACUUCUGUUGUAUGGAUGGGCCCCAUCAUCCUGUCCUUUGCAAGGAUAGCGCUUCCAAAACCCUGUUAUUUACGGAUGUUCGCAUGUCGCUUAAAAUUAUUCUGCUUUUGUUAGUCGGUAAGUACAAACCUCCCGUCUUAGGUCCUAGUUCAAUCCUGGCGUGCUGUAUGGUUCCUGCAUGCGUGAAAUCGGAGAUAACAUGCAAAUAUCCUGUUUAUUGCUCCUUUUGAUCCGUAACUGCAAUGCAGUGCAUGUAGUUGAGGACCUCAGACUUUAGUUUUACUGCUGGCUGGUGAAAAACUCAGCUAUGUGCCCUGCAUUGGAGUAAAUCCUCUGU